UUUGCCAAACUCAAUAGCCAAACACGGCUAAUUAGGAAGAAUUAGAGCAAAAAGCUCAAGAUUCUCCUUUCCUCUUUCUCUCUCUACUGUGACGAAAAUGGCGGCAACUUCUCGAAGAUCGAACGGAUCAGUUCUCCGAUCGUUCUCACCGUCUGAAAGAUUCUACGGUUACCGGAAUUCAUCUCCGUCGGCGUUCGCGUCGUCGACUUCCAGUUUCUCCUCUGGAUCGGCAACUUCCUUUUUCUGCAGAUCGACUUCGCCGUCGCGUGUGAAGGUUCACGGUUCGUCUUCAGUUUCCGUGCCGUCGGUGCGGUUUUAUGUUGACCGUGCGAUAUCUCCGAACAGAUCUGUGUCUGUUUCUUCUCGUGGCGGUGGGAAGAAUCAAGUGGUGAAGAGGCAGAACAGUUCGAAGAGGACGUGUAUGUGUUCUCCUACAACUCACCCUGGCUCGUUCCGGUGUAGCCUCCAUAAAGGUAUUAUUUCGCAACCGCACGCGCCGUACUUGCCGAGUAGGUUGAAUGCUCGUAGAUCGGCUAUGACGAAUUCUCUGGUUAGAAUCGGAGGUGUUGAAGGCGAUCUUGUGAAGCGAGCUUUAGCGGCUUUGAUUCGGCCUUCUUCUCAUCAACAACGGCGCAGAGGCGAUUUUAAGCCAAAGAGUAGCCGGCUCUCGAUUAUGUCCAAGGCCGUAGAAACAUUAUAAUGAUUUCGGUAUGUUGAAAUUGGAAACAACUCUGUGAUUAGUAACUACCUGAUCUCCGAGUUUCCGGAGAUGAACUUCUCCUGAUCUCAGAUGGCGGUGGCGGGAACGGUAUCAAGUUCCGACGAAUCAUACGGACCUACGUUCUGGACGGUACUAUCUUUUCCUCUUCGGAGACCGUGACGGACAUUAUUCAUCACUAAGAACUCUGGAAAUCACCUUUGUACAAAUUAAUAUGUUAUACAGAAUAUGAAUUUGUUUGUGUUCGUCGACAAUCGGCGCUCA